CUAGACCAUGGGUGUGUAUUUUAGGGGCAGUAUAUAUUGAGAAACCUAUUAUAGAUCUCUUGAUGGACUUUAUACCUCUUAUUCUCACAAACAAUCGAGCCCAUGUAGAGCAAGUGGCAUGA